AUCUACCUUAGAAUUGGCGUAUUGCACAAAUUAAAUUAACACUUAGAAGACCCGUACCUGAAUAGAAGCGACUCGUAUUAGCUGCACACUAAAUAUGUCAUCACCUGAGCUUUCAUACUUCCGGUUACAUAGGUUCUCCGCUUGCUAGCCGUGGCCCAUCUAAUCCGUCUAACGUGCCUGAGGUAUAUAGACUCCACGAGGGCCCCUUGAUCAAAAGUACUCUUAUAUGUAUAUACGUCUCAAAAAAUAUCACUUCAAAUAAAUCCUAUACUGUUCACCGGCCAGGAUUUAAAUAUCUUUAUUGAAUUAGGUGCCUAUUGUUGCUGUAUAUACACAGCAAGACAACUACGUCUCAUCUGUUGUCAUCUUCCCUCUUCCUUGGCCAUUGGUGGCCGUCCAGACAUCCAAUGGACCCCCGUCUCUUAUUCGAUCUUAUAUCCACCUAUCCUCCCAGCCCGAUAAGAUACAGAAAUACCUACGACGAGGACCGGAUACUAUUUAAACCCGGUAUCUCUAGCACAAAUACGUCUCGGUCGAAUUACGUGCGCUCGCCUGACGACUGUAUUUACCAAAUGUCUGUCGCGAGCCAGAAAGGGGGAGACCUGGAUGAUGUCCUACAGGCGUUGGAGAUAGCAAGGGAAAGCCCCGAAGACACUGAGCAAGAUAAUAACCAAGCGCUAUUACAGAGCGCAGUGGAUGGAAUAUGGAAGAAAUUGGUCUCCGAUCAUAAGGGCGAGUACGUCAUGACGAGGGAAGAGUUUGCAAUCUUCAAUUAUUUUCAGAAUCGAGAAAGACGCAUGGUCGGCGAAGAUGCUAGGAUAGCUAGAAAGGCUCGGGCGAGAUAUUGGUCUAACGUGAAGGGACCUUUGGUCAACGAUUCUAGUCGAUGAGGCCUAGAGCAUUCUUUGGUGAGAAAGAAUAGCUCGCGACAUCGAUUGUUCGUACGUAGAAGGAUAAAACGACGACAAUUUAAUGCAUACCUUGAUCUUCUACAUUAGUUGUUGUGUCGGAGUCUCAAGGAUACCGUCGCAAUCCCAGCCAACGAAUGAGUAAUAGGAGAGUGCCUUGAUCUCGGAGCACAUGCAAUGAGAAAAGGGAAAAGGGAAAGUUUAUAGUAAUCAUAAGAAAGUUAAAAGGAAAGAAACU